AUGUCGGCCAUGACGGUGGAGAGGUGGUUGGGGUUGUGGACGGGUGUGGGGAGCGUCAUCUUCCUGUGGACGAAGGUGCAGGACCACAUCCCGGCCGCACUCCGCCACUACCUCACGACCUCAGCGACCAAGCUCGCAUCCUACUUCAGUCCCUACCUCCAAAUCACCAUCUCCGAGCAGGGUAUCGAGCGAUUCCAGCGCAGCGAAUUCUUCCUCACCGUCGAGGCCUACCUCAGCGACGCAUGUGCCCGCCGAGCGCGCAAGCUCAAGGCCGAGCUUGGCAAGGACAGCAAUAACCUCCAGGUCUCCGUCGACGACUACGAGGAGAUUACUGAUGAGUUCUCCGGCACUACGCUGUGGUGGUCCGCCUCCAAGAAGCAGUCGAAUGCGCGCAGCCUCAUCAACCUCUACCCCGGCCAGGAUGAGAGCCGCUUCUACCGGGUUGUCUUCCACAGGCGCCACCGCGACCUCGUCGUCAACAGCUACCUGCCUUUCGUCCUCGGCGAGGGCCGCGCCGUCACCGUCAAGAACCGCCAGCGCCGCCUCUUCACGAACAAUGCCAGCAGCAGAUGGAACCCUUACAAUUCAAAGAGCGUCUGGAGCAAUGUCCCGUUCGAGCACCCAGCAACGUUCGACACCCUCGCCAUGGAACCCGAGCAUAAGGAGGCCAUCAUCGACGACCUCAAGGCGUUCAAGGAGAGCAAGGAGUACUAUGGGAAGGUCGGAAAGGCAUGGAAGCGUGGGUACCUCCUGUACGGGCCUCCUGGCACCGGCAAGUCCACUAUGAUUGCCGCCAUGGCCAAUUACCUUGACUACGACGUCUACGACCUCGAGCUCACGGCGGUCAAGAACAACACCGAGCUGCGCAAGCUCUUCAUCGAGACGACAGGCAAGUCCAUCAUUGUCAUAGAGGACAUCGACUGCUCCAUCGACCUCACAGGGAAGCGCACUAAGGCAAAGAAGGCCUCCGCUGACAAGGAAGCUGAUGACGAAAAACCCAAGCUUCCCGGGGAACCGGAGAAGGAUGAAGCGACAAAGGUGACCCUAUCGGGCCUGCUCAACUUCAUCGAUGGGCUAUGGUCGUCUUGCGGCGGCGAGCGGAUCAUCAUCUUCACGACCAACCACAAGGAGAAGCUGGACCCCGCGCUGAUCCGGCGGGGCAGGAUGGACAAGCACAUCGAGAUGUCCUACUGCCGCUUCGGGGGCUUCAAGGUCCUCGCCAAGAAUUACCUGGAUGUCGUUGUUGAGCACGAGAUGUUUGGCGAGAUCCACCAAUUGCUCGAGGAGACUGACAUGUCACCUGCAGACGUGGCAGAGAACCUGAUGCCUAUGUCAAACAAGAAGAAGAGGGACCCUACUGAGUGCUUUCUAGGCCUUAUCGAGGCGCUCAAGAAAGCUAAGGAGGACGCGACGGCCACCAAGGCGAAGGAGGAAGAGGAGGUUGAAGCCAAGAUUGCUAAGGAGAAAGAGGAGGGAGAGGUGAGCAAAGCCAAGGAGAAAGACAAAGGGAAGUGCGAGGCCGUUGGAGACAUGAAGCAAGUUGAUAAGUAACACAAGGACAGUGAGCCUCAUUGUGUGCUCGUUUAAGCUUUAAAAGCACAUAAAUAAUCAUGGUGUGAAGAUGUAAUGUUAGAAGAAGAUGAUUGGACUGCGUGUGAUGUACAUUA